CCACCUGAUCGCAGGCUGAUAACUAUAAUGCUGUAUACAAUAUAUACUAUAGUAUAUUAAUAUGGAAAAUACAGUUAAAAAUUCGACUUAAACUUUAUUUUGUUUCGUUUUGAACGCUCCGUUAUGGUUAUUUACAAGUUUUGGUGAUGUCUGGUGAUUUGAAACAAGUUGAAAAUCUUAUUGAAACUGCUUUGAAAAUGGGCUGGACUUCAUUGAACCUAAGUCACCACAACUUGACCGUCUUACCAUCCUGUAUUUGCACACUUAGUAACUUGAAGGUAUUAUUAUUAAACAAUAACAGAAUAAUUAUGCCUCCCGGAGAACUGGUGUCAUUAACGAACUUAGAGGAACUGUCAUUAGACCAUAAUCAACUAACGAUGCUGCCGACAGGAUUUGGGGAUCUAACGAACCUGAAAGUCCUCUCAUUGAGUCAUAAUAGCCUUGCAUUUCUACCCUCAGAAUGUGGAAAGCUAAAGUACCUUACAGAAUUAUGGAUCGUUAAUGUUCAACUAAUGUCGUUACCAGCAGAAAUUUGCUUGUUAGAGCAACUAACGAAGCUUGGAGCUGGGGAGAACUCGUUAACUUGCCUACCAGAAAAAUUUUCAAACCUUAGAUCUUUAAAAUGGUUAAGCUUAGUGAAAAAUCAGAUAACAAUCCUACCACAUGACUUUUACAAGCUUGAAAAGUUAACAUAUCUGGACCUGAGUUACAAUAGACUGGAGAAGAUUCAAGACUCGUUAACACGAUUGAAGUGUCUAGCAUAUUUAAAUUUACAGCAUAAUGAGAUUAAUGUAAAACCUGGUGAAAUUUCCAAAGGGUUUACAAGUUUACACAGACUUGACUUACGACAUACAAAAGUAACAAAGUUGCCAACCUCAAUGUUGCAUUUUGAGGUGAUGUUGCCAGGGGAUGAAAAUGACGAUGUUAUUGGUCAGGCAAAUAACAUGACAUUACAGCAUCGGACAAGGCAAAAGAAAUUUUAAAUGUUCUUUGAGGAUCGAGUAUUCCAUGUUAAUAAUUUAGUAUUUUAUUGCAGUUUAACAUGUUUUAUACAAUAUGAAUAAAUUUCCAUUGCAUUUUGUGUUGUGGUUGAACUUUAAAUGUAUAUUUAUCUUGUCUAUGAGAACGGUGUAAUGAAAGACAUAGAAUUUUAUAAUUUUAUGUUAGACAACGUAGAAUUUUAUAAUUUUAAGUUAGAC